GAACUCGGCACUGAACCCACCACCCUUGAUGAGCCCCUUCCAGCUGCAGAAGAGGCUGAGCAAGGGGCAAUGGCUGAAGAGUCUCCCAAAAAUUCAGCAGCAGAAAUUCCUGUGACUAGCAAUGGACAGUUGGAAGACGCCCAUGAGCACAGCUUCAACAGGGACUUGAAGCGUUCGUUACCAGCUGGACUUGGACUCUCUGAAACCAAAAUUACAUCUCAUGGCUUUGAUGGCACCAAAGAGGGAGUUGUUGAGGCAGGACCAUUUCCAGGUUCCUCAGCAUCACCCAAACCAUCAGUUAUAUCUCCUAGCAAUGCAGCAGCUAGCAGACUGGCUGGACAAGGUUGUGAUUUAAUUAUUCCCACAGGGGGCAGAACUCAGCAGAAGAGUGGACCUGUUGUAUUAGCAGAUGAAGUAAAGAAUCCAGCAAUGGAGAAGUUGGAAUUGGUGAGAAAGUGGAGCCUAAACACUUAUAAGUGUACACGACAGAUCAUCUCYGAAAAACUGGGUCGUGGCUCAAGGACAGUUGAUCUGGAACUAGAAGCUCAAAUAGACAUAUUGAGAGAUAACAAAAAAAAAUAUGAAAAUAUCUUGAAGCUGGCCCAGACUUUGUCCACACAGCUCUUCCAGAUGGUACAUACCCAAAGGCAACUAGGAGAUGCGUUUGCUGACCUGAGUUUGAAAUCAUUGGAACUUCAUGAGGAGUUUGGCUACAAUGCAGAUACUCAGAAACUUCUAGCUAAAAAUGGAGAAACUCUUCUUGGGGCUAUUAACUUCUUUAUUGCCAGUGUGAAUACAUUGGUGAAUAAAACAAUUGAGGACACGUUAUUGACUGUGAAACAAUAUGAAAGUGCCAGGAUUGAAUACGAUGCUUAUCGGACAGACCUCGAAGAGCUGAAUCUUGGCCCUCGUGAUGCAAACACUCUGCCAAAGAUUGAGCAAUCACAACAGCUGUUUCAAGUGCAUAAAGAGAAAUACGACAAAAUGCGUAAUGACGUAUCAAUCAAACUGAAAUUUUUGGAGGAAAAUAAGGUUAAGGUGUUGCACAAUCAGCUGGUUCUGUUCCACAAUGCCAUCGCAGCCUACUUUGCCGGGAAUCAGAAGCAGCUCGAACAGACACUUAAACAGUUCCACAUCAAAUUGAAAACUCCUGGGGCAGAUGCUCCAUCCUGGCUUGAAGAACAGUAACCAGAUGGAGAAGAGGACCCAAUGUUAACAGAAAAAAUCAGUAAAUCUAAUAAGAAUUAAGGUUUGGGGUUAAAGGACUGUUGUAGUGAUUCUUGCACAGACAGCUUUAAUUUUUUCUCCCCCUUUUAUAAUACUGUAAAACUGAAUUUGGUGGGAAAGUGGGUGGAUUUAACCAAAUGUGAUUUCUGUCAUUUCAAAUGUAGAGCACUCCUUUUGUAUGUAAAGGUUGGUGGUUAUUUCUGUAGUUGGGAUGAGGGAGGGAGGGAGGGGAAAGAAAACUAUUACAGAUUUGCACUGACAAAUUAUGUUUGUGAUUACUGGUCAUCACGGUGACCAGUCAAAAUAUUUCCAAAUGGUGGUUUACAUGAUUUGUACCAACAUCUGAUAUUUUAUAUAUGAAUAGAGAAAACAUCUUUAAUAAUUUUCAUGUGUCUUUUUAAAAGGAAAGAGUUAAAAGACUAUUUUGCAGAUUAAUAACAUAAGGCCUUUGUGCAGUACCUGCAUAAAGGCAACAGGUGUGGCAGAUGGCACAUUGACUAGUGGAGUUGCAGCAAAUGCUUUUUAAAACGGUUUACCUUUCCAUUAUAGAUGAAAAAAAGGAAAAGAAAAACACUAAAGCAAGAAUCACUGUCAGUCUGAGGCUUCUAAGCACAUGGUUUAGCUUUGCACCAAAUGGUUUGCUGAAUGAGGCCAACCAUAUGAUUUACUAAUUUCAUUUUAAACUUUACUUUCUGUAUAAAACAAAUACCGUACUAGCCUUAAAUCACAAGUAUGUGCCUUUUUAUAAGAUAAUGUUUUCAACCAGUGUACAUAAUCCAAGAACCCUUUCAACAUGAUGGUUUGCCAGUUCCCAGCAAGGGGAAGGAGGCUGUAUAUGCUAUGUUUCUUUGUACACUUAGAGCAAGUUAAAGCUUUAGUUAAUCUUUGUGGACAGAUAAAAUUUUGAGAGCAGAAAAAGGGCCAGUAUGAUUUUUCUUUUUGAUUGAAAAGCAUACUUCAAUGACAGGGGUAACAUGGAGGAGAUAUAUAUAUAUUUUUAAUUUCUCCAUCAGUAGUGUAGUCCUUAUUAAAUGUAAAGUUCUAUAUGUCAAUUUUAUCAUAGACAUUUUAAAUUCAUUAUAUUGGAGUCCUCAUUUGCACAUGUUAAAUUGCUUUGUGUUCUGUUAAGAAAAAUGAAAUACUUCCAACAUGUUAUUUACAACUGUGUGGAUUGUAUGAUUUAUGUACUGUAUGUUCAAAUGCCUUUCAGCUGACAUCCUUCAAGUUUCCAGUGCUUAACACAACUAUAAUGUAACUGUAAAUCAAAUGUUUUUAAUCAUUCCUCAUUAAAUUCAUGGUCUGACAGAGCCAUCUUUAUUUUUUCUUGAUCUGUCUUGAUCUGUCAGAGUAUCUUGUAAGAGUUCAUUUACGUUCCCCUGAAUGUAUAUCCUUUGUGAAUUUUGUAUUCAUAU